AAAAAUGUUUUAGCUGACUCAUUUUGAUUGAUCAAUUUGGAUCACCCAUCAAUCAUUACAUUUUUUUUGUUUUGAUCAUCAAUAAUAAAAACUAAACACACUCAAUUCAAUUUUCCUUAGAUUAAAAUGGAAUUGGCUAGAAUGUCAAAUCAAGAUCGACUCAAACUAUGUCGUCGUUAUUUUUUCAUCGGAUUUUUCGGUCUACCUUUUUUAUGGAUGAUUAACACAGUUUGGUUUGGCAUGUUUAUAUAUAAAUAUGAUUCUUAUCAAGAACAAAGACGGCAACAACAACAACAGCGAUCGAAUAGAACAAAUCGUCAACCGAACAAUCCCCCACGACCAAAUCUAGGCGUUACAGAGCCAAUAUCUAAGUCUAUGCCCAAAGAAUCAGAUAUUGCUGCCACAAAAGCGCUGGAAGAAUGCCUAAGAAAAUAUCAACUUGUAGAAAGUGAAGAAGAAUUGAACAAACGUUGCCUUAUAUUGAGCCAAUUAAAUAAAACAUUGAAAGAAUGGGUUAAAGAUAUUUCGGCACGAAAAUUACCUCAACAUAUGGCCGAUCAAAUGAAUGGAAAAAUUUUCACCUUUGGUUCAUAUCGUUUGGGCGUCCAUACUAGAGAUGCCGAUAUUGAUACAUUGAUCGUUGUUCCUCGUCAUAUUGAGCGCGUUGACUUUUUCGCCACUUUUCCCAACCACCUGAAAAAGAUACCAAAAUGCGAAUAUGUUCGAUCUGUGGAAGAAGCUUUCGUACCUGUCAUGAAAACCAAAAUUGAUGGUAUUGAAUUGGAUAUUCUUUUUUCAAGACUUGCGUUGAAAAACAUAUCAGAGGAUCAAGAUCUCCGUGACGGAACAUUGUUGAAAAAUCUAGAUGAAAAAAGUGUUCGUUCCUUGAAUGGCUGUCGUGUGACGGAUGAUAUUUUACUUUUAGUUCCCAACCAUGAAUCAUUUCGUCUUGCUUUAAGAGCUGUGAAAUUUUGGGCCAAACGUCGUGGCAUUUAUUCGAAUGUUCUUGGAUAUUUAGGAGGUGUAUCAUGGGCUAUGCUAGUGGCUAGGACUUGUCAACUUUAUCCAAACGCUAGCGCAUCCACAUUGUUGCAAAAAUUCUUUCUGGUAUUUCGCCAAUGGCCUUGGCCGAAACCUGUAUUGUUAAGACUCAAUUCCGAUGAUUUUGUCAAUUUGGGAUUUCCUGUUUGGGAUCCAAGAGAGAACGCUAGUGAUCGUUUUCAUUUGAUGCCCAUCAUUACGCCAUCAUAUCCUCAGCAAAAUUCUACUUUCAAUGUGACCAAUUCUACUCGUGAAAUUUUAAAAGAAGAAUUCCACCUUGCAUCAUCUAUGGCAGAUGAGAUUAUAUCUGGAAAUUUGCAAUGGGAUUGCCUAUUUGAGCCGGUAGCAUUCUUCCAAAAAUAUCGUCAUUACAUUGCGAUUAUAGUGAGCACACAGGCCGAAUGGACAGGUCUUGUUGAAUCUAAAAUUCGUAUUUUAGUACAAAAUCUCGAACGACAUCGGCCAAUCGAAAUUGCUCACGUUUUUCCUAAAUCUUAUAAUCGUAAAAUUCCUGAUUCGGAAGAAUCUGCUACUAAAUUAUCUGAAAGUGAAAAUGAAUCGGCAAAUGCAAAUAACGGAAACAAUAUGAAUAAUGAUCAAAACAGUAAUAAUGAUGUAAAUAUGGAUAAAAUUUCGUGCUCCAAUAAUGAAUUUGAAAUGUCAAAGAAUGAUGAUAGUUUGGGGUGCGAUAAAAAAUUCGGUAAUGGUAAUGAUUCCCCUAAUCAAAAUGGUGACAUAGCAGUACCAACUGCGACAACAACCACUACAACAAGUGCAGAUAAUCCAGACUGUCAAGAUUCUAACAAAAACGAUGUAAAAAUGAAAGAACAAAAAAUUUGGUUCAUUGGAUUGCGAUUCCGUAAAAAUGAGGAAUCGAAUGUUGAUCUCACACAGGAUACUCGAAUUUUUGUUGAAACAAUCUUUAAUGCAGCUGCGGCAUUCUUCUCUGAUGAUAUGCUUAUUGAUAUUAAACAUGUUAAGAAACGUGAUCUUGUUAAUUAUUUGCCACCCGAUGAGGCGAACACAAUUGUCGUUUCAAAGAAAUCCAAAUCAUCAUCGUCAUCGAAUCUUGGUUCAACACCGAGCAGUGAAAAGAAGAAACGAAAAAUUGAACAUUGUAAAUCAUGAUGAAGAAAUGGUGGCAGUGGCGAAUAGAUGCAUCGAACAACACUUUGAAAAUUGAUAGGAACGAUGAUUCUUCGGUUGAUAUUCAGAAGAUUCGAUUAACUAUACAG